GUUCCUCUUCCCCUGAGUCGCUGGGUGCAGAUCCUGAGGAGCGCCCCGGACCACAGCGGAUCCGCGGAGGGUGCUGACCACUUCGGCCCCCACGUCCAGGUUGCUUGAAUGGGGGGCUCCCUGGCGUGGAUGCUGUUGUUGCCGCUGCUGCUGCAGUAUCCAGACAGCCAAGUCUUUUCCUGCAACGUGUCCUCCGGGAUCGUGGACUGGAACACAGAAUUCACAGCCAUAUGCCUGAAUUUCAGUGGCCAAGGCCUCAGACUGCCCCAGAACCAGUCUCUGCAGGCCAGGAACCUGCUCUACCUUAACCUGUCUGGGAAUAGUCUUCAAGAGCUACCAUUGCUCUUCUUUAAACUCCUGGGAAAGCUGGAGGACCUAGAUGUGACAAACAACCCACUGACCCAGGUGGCCAAGGAGUUGGCCGUGAGCUGUAAACUUGACCUGAAGGCUGACUGCAACUGUGUCCUGGAAUCCUGGCACCAGGUCCGAGAGGACAACUGCUCCGGCCAGCCACCUCUCAAGUGCCGAGACAGAGCUACCGGUGCCUGGCACAAUGUCUCCGCCUUCCUGGAGGCUGGCUGCUCCCGUGGCCUGUCCUUGAUGACCAUCGGGGCACUGGUGGCCAGUGGAAGCCUGCUCCUGGGGCUCACCAUUGCUGGCCUAGGGCUGGCCUGGAGACUCCGGGCACGCCGGAGGGUCAGUAACCGGGACCUGGACAAAACAGGGGCUGCUCAGGAUGGUUAUCGGUCUGGCUCUGGCAAGCAGCCAAGAUACAGUAGCCGGGGCCUCAGCCCUAAGCCCCCAGCAGCUGCCGUGCCCAGACCCUCCACCCCCGACUAUGAGAAUGUGUUUGUGGGCCAGCCAGCUGCCGGGCACCAGUGGGCCGAACAUGGGGCUCACCCAUCAGAGGACAACGACUUCUACAUGAACUACGAGGGCCCCGACCAUGCCUCCCAGCCUGUCUACUGCAACCUGCGGUCGAUGCACCAGACCCCACUUGACGAAGAGGAGUACGUGAUCCCCGGGCGCUGAGCCUUUGAUGCCCUGAACUCCAGCCUGCUGCUUUCUACUUACUUGGGGGCAUUCUGGCUCUUCACUGGCCUCAGUCUUCCCACCUGAGGAAUGGGGACAGGGAAGGACCGUCCCUGAGGCCCAGGGAUUCAGCUCCCUCUCCAGCCCCGCUCUGCUUCUCAGCUCCCUCAGCUGCUGCAAGGGGGAAGAGGAGAGGCCCCGACAUGGGGACAGGAGGGUCAGUUUGUGAACGCUGUCAUCACCCUCCCGUCGGUGUGCAGGUGGUGCUUAAUAAACGCUGCUGGCUCAGGGCAAGUGGGUUCCUUGAGGUGGGGAUUCCCUAAGCUCCCCAGACCAGAUUCUCCGAGACUCCCGAAUUGUUCCCCACUCUGUCCCUCUCAGGCCCCGUUCCCAGGCACUUGGUACCCAGGCUCAGCCCCCAGGGCAGCCCACACCAGCCCCAGAGGGAUCAUUAUAACUUCCGAACGGGACUGUGCCCCUCCCCUGCUCACACACCCUCCGUGGCUCCCCAUUGCCCCCCAGGACUUCAGCCUGGCAGUUGAGGCCUGCGUGGUUCUGCCCUACCCCACUCACUAUCACUAUCCUCUCCCAUCCUUGUGUCUUUCUGGUCUAGGCCUCCUCACCACCCAGCCCACCUCGCUCCUGAAGUUUUCAUUUGCCCGUGCCACUCCUUUUGCCCAGAAAGCCAUCCCCUUCCACUUUUUCUCACUCUUAAACAUCUUUUUUUUUUUAAGAUUUUAUUUAUUUAUUCAUGAGAGACAGAGGCAGAGGGACAAGCAGCCUCCCCAUGGAGCAGAGAGCCCUAUGCAGGACUCGAUCCCAGGACCCUGGGAU